AUGCAAUUGAACCCGAUAGAUCGCUAUGGAGUUCCUGUCGCCUUCCUCGCGGACACCAUACCGAUGACCUAUGAAGAGGUUAUGGCUAGCCCGGACACAGAAAAGUGGAAGCAAGCUAUGCAAGAAGAACUCGAAGCGCUUAAGAAAAAUGAAACAUGGUUAUUGUUGAAACUUCCACGAGGUAAGCGAGUCAUCGGAUGUAAGUGGGUCUAUUCAAUCAAGAGAAGUGCGAAUGAUAAUAGUAUCAGAUAUAAGGCACGACUUGUGGCAAAAGGCUACGCUCAGCAAAAAGGCAUCGAUUUCUUUGAUACUUUUGCACCUGUCGUGCGCUAUGAAUCUAUUCGCAUUCUCUUAGCGAUUGCAGCAACAGAAAAUCUGGAGAUAAACCAAUUUAAAAAGCACCUUUAA